AGCCUGUGUAUGUGUGCUUUAUUCCAGGGUGACGUACAGGGAAGAGAUGCUGAUGCCUCUCUAACGGCCUUUGUUGUGAUUGCGAUGCAAGAGGGCAGAGAGAUCUGUGCUGGAUCAGUUGCUAGUCUGCAUGAAAGUAUCAGGAAGGCUGUUGUAUUCUUAGAAGGUCGACUUCCACAACUGACCAAUCCUUACGCUGUUGCGAUGACGUCCUACGCCAUGGCCAAUGCUGAAAAACUCAAUAAAGAUAUCUUGAUGAGGCAUUCCACCCAAGGAGAAGCCGGUAGGUUUUGGACUGUCGCUGGACAGAGUCAUCACUCUCUAGAGGCGACGGCCUAUGCUGUGCUGGCACUUGUGAAGGCCAAAGACUUUGAUAAAGCAGGAGAAGCAGUUUACUGGCUGCGUUCACAACAGUCUCAUUAUGGUGGAUCUGGCACCACACAGGCGACCAUCAUGGUGUUCCAGGCCGUGGCAGAGUAUCGCACGCAGGUGAAGGACCGACAAAACUUCAAUCUGAACGUGGAGCUGUUAGUGACAGGAAGAAGCAAACCUGUCAGAUUUACUAUUAAAAGAGACAAUGUGCAUCUUAUAUGGUCAUACAAGGUGGACAUCAACAAGGACUUCAAUGUGACGGCUAGAGGAACUGGAACGGCCACUCUCUCAGUUCUGACGCUGUACUACGCCAGACCUGUUGAGAAGAAGUCUGACUGUACACACUUUAAUCUGACUGUUAAAAUGGAAAAAGCCCCUGAAACAAAACAAGGAGCCAUUGAACGUUACAACUUCAUUAUGGAUUUCUUCUACAAAAAUGAUAAAACCGAUGCCACUAUGACUAUUCUGGACAUUGGCAUUCCGACGGGAUUUGAUGUUGAUGAAAAUGAUCUUAAAGAGUUGUCCACGGGGAAGGAGAGAUACAUUCAGAAAUAUGAAAAGAAUAAAGUGCUGUCAGAGCGAGGAUCCCUCAUCCUCUACUUAGAUAAGGUUUCUCAUAAACCGACAGAAAGAAUCGCCUUCAGAAUGAACAAGAUGUUUAAUGUGGGUCUGCUUCAACCUGCCCCAGUCACAAUAUAUGAAUAUUACUCACCAGAUGCUCGCUGUACAAAGUUCUACCACCCUGAGAGGACAGAUGGCGCUAUAUACACACUGAGUGAGGGAAAAUUCAGCCAGUGUGCAGAAGAAAACUGCAGUGUCCAGAAGAAGGAUCAGGCAGAGGAGCGUUUGGAUAGAGCCUGUGAAUCUGGCACAGAUUAUGUUUAUAAAGUCACAGUAUUGGAUAUGGAUCUGGUACAGGACUCUGCCAUCUAUGACAUGAAGGUGGAACGGGUGCUGAGAGAAGGCACUGAUGAUAAGAAAGUUGAGGGGAAAGUGAGACCAUUUUUGGCUCGUCUUAUUUGCAGUCAGCUUUUAGAUUUGAAACAAGGCAAGUCGUACCUCAUCAUGGGCAAAUCCAGUGACCUGUCACAGCGAGGAGGAAGUCUGAAGUACAUCUUUGGAGAGCACACCUGGGUUGAAUACUGGCCGACAAGAGAGGAAAGCCAAACUCGAGAAUACAGGGAUCAGUACAUCGGCAUCUCUGCGCUCCAGGAUAGCCUCCUCAGGAUAGGAUGUGAUACAUAGUAUAAAUAUUCUUGAUUAAAGGAAAUGUAACAUUA